AUGACAGCCACUGCCGGAAUUCCCUUCUCUCAUAUCUCGGCGAAACCACUACACCCGACUUUUGGUGCUGAAAUUAAUGGUGUGGAUUUCUCGUCCCCUAUAAGUGAGCAAGUGUUCGCAGAGAUAUACCAAGCUAUAACAAAGUACGGGGUCCUUGUCUUCCGCAACACAGGGCUCACAGACGAGGGUCAUAUUGCUUUCUCUCGGAAGUUCGGUGAACUGGACGACGUGACGCCAUACAUAAGUGCUGGCCGGAAACACCGGCUUAAAUACCCUGAGCUUUUCGACGUGAGCAAUGUCGAGGCCGAUGGGUCAAUCCUGGACCCUGCAAGUCCACGCGGCCAAGCGAAUAAGGGAAACGAUCUCUUCCAUGUGGACUCAAGCUUCAACCCACGUCGCGCUGGGUAUUCGUUGCUGCUGGCGCACGAGCUGCCACCGAAUGGCAUGGGUGGCCAUACUGCAUUUGCAGACACAAGGUCAGCAUUCAAUGACCUCUCGUUAGAGCUGAAGCAGAGGUUAUUGGAUAAUGACUACGUGGCUUGCCACUCCAUGCACCACUCUCGCAAGUUGGCCGCCCCUGAAGCCUUUGCUGGCGUCAACCCGCUAGACUAUCCCAUGGGUCGGCAUAAACUGGUGCAGCGCCAUGAAGCCUCCGGGCGCAUGAACUUAUAUGUUGCAGCCCAUGUACACCAUAUUGAGGGUAUCUCACCGGAGGAGUCGCGAGCAUUAUUUACUCAGCUUUUUGAACAUGCCACUCGCGACAGCAAUACCGUGGAGAUCGAAUGGCAGGCACCAGGCGAUCUAGUCGUUUGGGAUAAUACCUGCACUAUGCACCGCGCUGUUGGAGGGCCCUUUCUUCGCAGCUACAAGAGAGACAUGAGGCGGACAACCGUCCAUGAUUCCAGCCCGACAGCCUGGGGGCUAAAUGAACACACCAGUGUUCGGCAAGGUUUGCCUUGA